AUGGGCGAAGGAGGUUACCGCCAGAUCAACAAGACACUGAAUGUGUGCGCUUUCGAUGACUAUCUCGUCACGCAACAUUCACGACUACCCAAACUGCUAGAUGUUGAACAGCUCACUCCACGGGUCCUUCGUAUCCUUGGUCAAAAUGCGGGAAAGUUCACAUUGCAAGGAACAAACACAUAUAUUGUUGGCACGGGCCAAUACCGCCUCAUCAUCGACACUGCACAGGGAUUCCGCGAGUGGGCAGAUCUGCUCGAUGUGACACUAUCUGACCGCUCGAUUGCAUUGUCCCAUGUGUUCCUGACACACUGGCAUGGUGAUCAUACCGGUGGGGUCCCCGACCUUAUUAGGAUGUAUCCAGACCUCGCCGAUGGCAUCUACAAAAACUCGCCAGAGCACGGACAAAACCCUAUCGAAGAUGGUCAGAUAUUCAAGGUCGAGGGAGCAACGAUCCGCGCAGUCCAUGGACCAGGCCACUCGGAAGAUCAUAUGUGCUUUGUGCUCGAGGAAGAAGAUGCCAUGUUCACGGGGGACAAUGUCCUCGGGCACGGCACGAGCGCCGUCGAACAGCUAGGUCUCUAUAUGGAAACACUCCGAAAGCUACAAUCGCAAGGCUGUAAGACGGGGUAUCCCGCCCACGGUGCCGUUAUCCCCGAUCUGAAUGGUAGGAUUGCGACCGAACUGGCGCAAAAAGCACGGCGGGAGAAUCAGUGUCUCACUGCACUGGGUAGGAUCCGGAAAGAGGGGUCGGCAGGACAGUUAGUUAGUGUUACUGUUAGUGAACUCAUUAAUGUAAUUCAUGGGCCUCGGUUGGAUGAAGAGGUACGGAAGAUGGCAUUAGAACCGUUUAUGGAGGAAGUUUUGAGGAAGUUGGCGGAGGAUGGAAAGGUUGCUUUUCGAGUGAGAAAGGGGGUGAAGACUUGGUUCGCUCUUGCUUAG